CGGAACUGUAGUCGCGUGAUCUCUCGCGAUGUUUCCCACUUCUCGCUGAGUUUUUUUCUUCUCCUCUAAUCUGUAAACAGGAAGAUUUGCCGAGUUGUGCUGCCUGUCGGGGGGAACAGAAGCGAUCGGAAACAAGGUUGUUGGAAGCCCCUGAACGCCAAUCAUGUCACAGUUGAGUGGGAAAGUCCAGACGGUCCUGGGUCUGGUGGAUCCGGGCCAGCUGGGCCGAACCAUGACCCACGAGCACCUGACCAUGACCUUUGAGUGCUGCUACUUCCCCCCUCCUGCGGGCGACGAGGCGGUUGCAGAGAACCCGUUCCAGAUGCGGCACAUGCACUGGCUGAGGCAGAACCCCUACAGCUGCCACGAGAACCUGCUGCUGCAGCAGGAGACCGACGCCGUGCGGGACGAGCUGCUGGCCUACAGGAAGGCCGGCGGAGGCGCCGUAGUGGAGAACACCACCACGGGCAUCGACCGAGACCUGCCCACCCUCAAGCAGCUGGCCGUGGACACCGGGGUCCACAUCGUGGCGGGGGCAGGCUACUACGUGGACUGCACCCACACUGAGGCCACCAAGAGGAUGAGCGUGGAGAAGCUCACGGACGUCAUCGUCGGCGAGGUGCUUCACGGCGCCGACGGCACGGACAUCCGCUGCGGCGUGAUCGGAGAGAUCGGCACCGGCUGGCCCAUCACGGAGAGCGAGACCAAGGUGCUGAGGGCCACCGCCCACGCUCAGGCUCAGCUCGGCUGCCCCGUCAUCAUCCACCCCGGAAGGAAUCCCGGCGCUCCGGCCGAGGUCGUCCGGAUUCUCCAGGAGGCAGGUGGUGACAUCGGCAAAACGGUCAUGUCGCACCUGGACAGGACCAUAUUUGAUGAGGGGGAACUGCUUGAGUUUGCGAAGCUGGGGAGCUACCUGGAGUACGAUCUGUUUGGAACGGAGAUGCUGAACUACCCGUACGACCUGGAGGUGGACAUGCCCAGUGACAGCCAGAGAGUGAAGUGCUUGGCGUUCCUGGUGAAGGAGGGCUACGGCGACAAGGUAUUGGUCGCGCACGACAUCCACACCAAGAACCGCCUCACCAAGUACGGCGGCCACGGCUACUCGCACAUCCUGAGGAACAUCGUGCCGAAGAUGCUGAUGAGGGGCAUCUCGCAGCAGCAAGUGGAUCAGAUCCUCAUCGACAACCCCAAGCGCUGGUUGACCUUCAAAUGAAGCAGAAAGAGCGACCCGAGGACGGCGUUUUGAUGUUGCCAUUAUUUUAUCUUCAGGUGAUAAUUGAACACCUGAAGCUUGUUGCAUUAAUCAGACAAAGUCAUUUCGAAAUUUGCUUUCGGACCAUUGAACUACUAAUUUGUCCUUAAUGCCAAUGUUUGUCUUCCUAAUGGAACAUAGAUGCAUCUACGUUUUUACAGAGGCCCUCGGUAGUUAAAAGAUUUCAUAUUUGGGAUUAUAUUAUUCACUUUGUAAGUAAAUAAUACAGCGAUACUUGUCCUCAUUCAUGACAAAUAAAAAUCCUUCCUUUCCGGCCUUCGUAAAGGAAUUCAAAACAGAUACUCGCAAAUACGGCGCUAUUUCAUUUUUUUUUUAUGUUGUUGCUUUGCCUUUCGUCGCGGCCUGCUCUUUAUGGGAUGGAGGUGAUGAGCGUGCGAGUCAUCAGUAUGCCGCUCUGCUGCGUGUUGGAUGAGUCGUCCUGUCGCCCUCUCGGCGGGUGUCCAGCCGCCGACGGGAGGCGGACCGGGUGAAGGACACGUUCUCCUCUCACCUGGGAACAGGUGGCCUCACAGGCGGGCUCCACCGCGCGAUCGAUGGCGCGCCGAUCGCGUGACCGCCCUCCGCCAAGGACUGCGUAACUUUGAUCGAUCUCCUGAGAGGAUUCAAAAGUGAGCCCGAGGAUUUAUUUUUCAGUGGUAUUUUACACACAGCAUGACAGGCUUGACAAUCAUCAGUCACAAUUAAGGGAACAUUUCUGGUGGAUGACGCCACCCUGUUGCCCCCAACCAGGGGCAAUAGUUAUAUAUGAUGACGUUUAGACAGUGCUUCAAUAUGGACAUCAGAACGGCCCUUUACAGUGUUUUUACAUUUGAAAUGUUGUUUUUACAUAAUCAUGCAUCACUACGACUUUUAACAUUUUUCACUCAAAACGCAACGAAUGUAUUUCAGCAAAUAAAGCACACGUGGACUAAC